AUGUCUAAACCACCGAAUGCAGCUGCUGGGACCGUCGUUGAUGCACGCGGCCAGCUACAGAAGAUGCUCUUUGUUGAGCCAGACUCAAGGGCGUAUCGCAGCGACUCCAAGCGCCAGUCGUCUAGAGCCGCCAGAACUUCACAUGCUUCUUCCAACGUACAAUCGAGAUUGGUCCAAUCCUCGCGUCGAUUGGCUAGAAUCGGCACCACAACGCAGCUGGAAGGGUUCGCUCCCAACGUCUCCCCUCGGCCACGUCAGUCGCCGACCUCGAGGGGAAAUAUUCGUCUGUUGGCAGCGUCGGGAACGAAUGAACCUUACGGUGAGCUCGCACGGUUACGCUCAGUCAUCAAGAGACUCGAAGACGGCCGCCUAAACCAUGCAUCGAUCAAUCGAUUUAUCCCACCGGAACGUAACUCUCUUGAGGUCCUCGAGCUACCUGAGAUCGACGGUGACAGCUCACCGGAAGAAGUGGAGAACAUGAUUACACACAUGAUCGACUACUUGUUGAAAUGGACCGAUGAGAAGCUUGUCGAAGGACCCGCAACCGUCUUCGAAGACAUCAGACUUAUAAACACCUGUCUGCAAAACAUCAUGGAUCUACCCGAAGAGGUAAUUUCUUCCUUCGUGGUCCGCAGUUCGCUCAAAACGUUCAGAAGACGAUACGAAACAUUCGUCAGCAUUUGGGCCCUAGCUAUUCAUCGCGCUCUUAUCGGCAAGCUCCUCCGUACCGAGUCUCAGGUGAAGGAGAAUCCCACAGCCUUGCUAGAACCAGCAUUUACUUCGCUUGUGUCAGAUAUUCGCACUGCAUCUUCGAGCUACCCCUUGCUGGUAUUCCUAGACACUGCUCAUGACAGCGUUCCGGUGCUCGUGUCUGAUGAUGCAGCAAAGGAUUUGUUGGACCGCUGCGCUCGUUUGCAUGAAGUGUUUCAGAACUCAACUUACACUUCCGAACAAAAACAGCUGUGGCUCCUGAUCUGGAGAGGCUUGAAGACUGCCUUCGCUGCUUUUGAGCAAGGAGGAGCUCCGACGUCUCCAACCAACAUAGAGCGCGAUCGCAAAUUCUUCGCGCUACCGGGAGUAUAUCGUGAAUUCAAACGCCUGAUCAGCUCACCGGAUGCGGCCAAUCCCAGAAGCAUUGAAGAUAUGGUUGGAAAAUACUGUCGAUACAUUUACGAGUGUCAGGUCGAUCCAGGCAACAAAUAUGAGUCCCUCCAGCGACCACGAGACGCGCCUCUGGAAAGACACACCAAAGAAGCGUUACGAGAAUUCAUUCAAACAGGCAAAUUUGAGACGAGCACCCUCUCCAAGAUCCAUUUUGCGGUGGCACGAUUCAACGAGAUUAGUGGUGGGCCGGUCAAAGUCAGAAGAUGGCAGCAUGAUGUCGGCUAUGGAGAAUGGGAAACCGUCGCGUUGAAUCUUCCCUCUCCGCCUUUGCCGCAGACCGCUGAGAGGCGAGCUAGCUACUCGAAUGUUCCCUCAAGUGCAAGAUCACGGUCAUCCUUUGUCGGCGUCGACAGCGGCGAAUCUUUUGGAGAUGUGGCUCAGAAACCACAUAAACGCUUGUUUCCGUAUCCCGAGGGAGUCAACAUGAAAAGCGCUUUUGACUACGUCUUCUACCCAUUUCCUGAGACGCGUGCUCAUGAAGUGGUCCAGCACGAGCAAAUUUCCAGAGAGAUGGGCCAACCAGGAAUGGUCUCAGAAGGUCCACGUGUCGAAUUUCUCAUCAAUCGACCUCCUCGUCAUGCUCGCGAUCCCGAUGAUCUUUCAGCACCGAACAGGACGCUCAGUCCGUUUGAAUGGAUUCGCGUGGCGAUACAGCGACUGUUUCCACAGAGACGACAUGUCCCCAAUGCCAAACAUCCCAAAAUCAACCCUCUUCCUUCGCGUCGUUCGCAAAAAAUUUCUGCACUAAAACCACCCCCUCUUCCCAUUGAUUCAAAAGCCAGAGUGCACAAGUCCACCUCUGCAGCAACUCCAAACCUCAAGCUUCGAGGUGGAGGACUCCCAUCGAGCCGCCCAGCAGCAUCAUCCUAUAGAAAACGUGCUUUCGAUCCGUUGGCCUAUCGACGGAUGAUGAUGGAGAUCUUCCGAAGGGAAAUCCAGAAUAAAUAUGGUCGCAGCGUACGUUUCGACGAAGACGAGAUGCUGCGGCUGUUGAAGCAAACAUCUUACGAUGUCGGGAUGGCAUUACAAUUGUACCCAAUAUCCACGAGAGACAAAAACAUUGGUUCAGCUGGAGAUACCGCCACUGCACCACGCCGAUACCUUCGUUCAGGGGGGAUUACCUCUAGUCAAGCUGCUAGACAGAUGAAUCAAUAUCAAAAACUCUUCGGACGGACCUCGGUCGAUAACAACGCAGAGAUAUAUGCAUACCGAAUGGAUAGUCCGGCUCAACCAAUCUCUGGCAUAUUUGAAGAUCUCCCACCUGGAGAAUAUGGUGGUGGUGAUGAUGAUGAUCAGAAUCACGGCCACCAGCAAGCUUUGCCGAGACAAGUGCUAGGUGAACUUCCAGUGGGUGAAGAAACUCACGAUGAUGGUGGGAGCGACAACACCACUCGCCACAGCUCCAAUCAAGAAAACCAUGUGCCUGGGCCUUGCCAGCCUUCUCAGUCUCCUCAGUCUCCUCAGUCUCCUCGCAACAACUCCAACCAGGAAAACCGUACGCCUAGGCCUCCUCCGCCUCCUCCGCCUUCUCAGACUCCACACGGGACUCCUACUCCUGAACCAGUUCAUUCACAAUGUCAUCCUUGCCCUACGUAUGAAGGCCAGUACCAUCAUGUGUGUAGAUGUACCCACAUUAUACGCUCCAGCGCGCCGUCGCCUAUCGAUAUUUAUGAGGAUGAGAAUCCAGUUGACGAACCAAAUCAGAGCUCGAAUCCCCCAUCAAACCGAGAAGGGCAACAUUCCGAAGCCAGCGACGCGGAUCAAGCUACGGACGACGACAACCCUUCCCCUCCUGGCAGCCACAGACGUCCAAAAAGAGAAGAGCCGCGACCCGACGAUGAUCGAUUUGUGCGUGAAGUGUUUGCCAAAGGAUUUGAAAGCAAAUUCCGAGAUCUUGGUACUGGAGUCCAUGAGGUUGCGACUGACAUGCAUGCGCUACCGCCCAACUGGAUCACUGACACCGCGUCUCGGAAGCGCCUGGGUAGCAAAAUCGAUGAUCUGGCCAAGGAAAUCAUGAAAUUAAGGAACCAGUACCUGGACUUGCUGGAGAAGGGUGCCCCGAUGCCUUUCAUGGAAGCAGUAACGCGAGCUGACAGACGGCUGCCAAACCCCGACGUACCUGCCACCAUCAAGCGCUGCAACAGAGCGGCGGCCGAUGUGAAACAGCAAUAUGAACGACUAUAUCGGUUCUUUGAAGAGAAGCAUCCUCGACCAAAUCUUGGCUUUCGUCACCAAUUCAACCGGGUCAUUCGAGCAGUGAGCGAGCUGCGACUUCUUUUUCUGGAGUACGACGGCACAGGGACUGAUAGAAACAUGGCAGGUCGUCAAGAUCAGCAGGGCCAAGGAAGUGGAACGAGGGGCCAGGAAGACAAUCAAGAAGAGCACAGCGACGACACGCACUCGGACUCCGAGGACACCCUUUCCUCGGGCGAAAGACAGCGGCUGGCCGGAAAUCGACCUCCUCCAAAACGCUACGCGAUUGUCCCGACUCGUGCGGAUUAUGAGCUGAUGUUUGUGGACGAACUGGCGCGCGAGCUCCGAAAUCGCGGGUUCCCGGACCUGAACCAAGUUCUGGGGAGGAGGUACAACAAGGACGACCUGAUCAACAAACUCAUGGCGCUCGACAGAGAAGGCAACCAACUUGGGCACGGCGCCGACGAAGGGUAUCGCCAUAUUACUGGGGAUCUAACGUCUCGGUGUCGGCCACGAGGGUGGGACUUGGAGGACGCGCUCAAGGUGUACUAUUUGAACCAGCGGAAUACGCGGGUCUUGGCACAGAGAGCGAGGCAAGAGGCGAGGCGACAAGCAAGAAUUGCCCGAGGGGUGCAGUCCCCAGCGCCAGUGAUGCCGCGAGCGCAACCGAAUCCAUUGCCGUUAGCCGUUCCCCGUCCGACCACUCAUGUUGCCAGUCCGAAGAUCUUGUAUCAAAACUCGGAGGAUUCAGAUACGCCGAGUAAGGACCUCCGUCGGAAAUAAUAGUACGCAGAGCAGUUGGAGGAAAGGGGGCCACUUCCAUCCGGUGUGCGAGAAGUGGUGUGGUGGGAAACUGUUGAGGAGUGUUUAGAUGGAUCGUGUCGGGGUUCGUAGGCCUAACCAAUGUGGUGUGGGAAUGCGAUAUGGUAG